AUGUACAAAUUCAGAAAUGAGAAGAGAAAGAGACAGCCUAGCUUUGUAUAUGUGCGCGAGGAAAGAUGGCAACGUGCAUCGUAUAGGAAAUCGCACAGCAAAUCAUAUAGGAAAUCACAGAGAUUCAGUUUCGAUUUUGUUCUUGCGAUAUAUGAGCUUCAAAUCACCAUAAUCUUUUGCUUCUUUCCCCAGCAAGCUUGCGGAUUCAGCUGUGUGGGAGAGAUGGCGAGGAACGGGGUGUUUUCACGGUGGCGGAGGGCUGAGGGACCUGCCGGAUUGUCGCUGCCCUUAGAAUCUCACGGCGUUCAUGUCCUCGCCGUCGACGAUAGCCUCGUCGACAGGAAAGUAAUCGAGAAAUUGCUCAAAACUACAUCCUGCAAAGUGACAGCAGUGGAUAGUGGGAGUAGAGCUCUGCAAUUCUUAGGAUUGGACAAGGAAGAGAGUUCUGUUGGGUUUGAUGGUUUGAAGGUAGAUAUGAUAAUCACAGAUUAUUGCAUGCCUGGAAUGACUGGCUAUGAAUUGCUCAAAGUGCUGGUUUCAGUUGCAACAUAUACAAGAAGGCACCUGCUAAAACUAGAUCAGAUUGAAUGGCAGAACUUCAGUUGCUUAGAUGGUGGGAGAAGAGGGCGUGAGAGGUGA